AUGUCGAUCCCGAACGAGGCUUUGCAGAAGGUAGUCCAAGAGAUCGAGACCCGUGCGAUCCAAUCCCAGCAGCAGAUCGCGAUUGUCAAGGCGCAGAUUACGGCGAAACAAAGGGAAACGCGACUUCUUGAAUUGACGUCUAAGGAGAUCAGUACUUUGCCCAAGGACACGAAAACUUACGAGGGAGUUGGAAAGAUGUUCGUCCGAGUCCCCCUAAGUACCAUCGAGAAGCAACUAUCGACCCAAAGCGCGAACAUGAAAUCGAACAUCACAGACCUAGAAAAGAAGCUCCAUUACCAUGAGACAACACAUAAGAAUACUCGAGAGAACAUAGAACAUAUUUUCAAGUCGGCCUCUAGGGCCUGA